AUGGACUCAUCCUCGUCCUCAACUUUGUUGAAUUCAAACGGCUUAAUGACCACUAAUUUUCCCGCAAGUUUGGCCCAUUUGGCAGCCAUUUUGGGAAUUCCUGAGUAUUUCCUCCAAAUCUGGUGCCACGAGUCCUUUGCCGGCGAAGUCGCGGAUCUCAUUACAGGCGCGACGGAUACGGGAGUCGAUGUUCGGCUCGCACUUCAUGUCGCGGAAGAUCUUAUCCCUAAAAGAUUGCGGGAUUUCGUUGGACACGAACAUGAAGAUGAACUCCAGAAGGAACUCGUCGGUCACGAUAUCCUCCGAGAACUGAGUCUCGGACAGUAUGUCUAUAAUGACAGCCCGUCCCACCUGAGCCGACUUAACCAACUUUGUGGCCAUCAAUCCGAAGUCAAAAUAGCCGACGAUGUCAUACGUGCGACCCUUUGGGUUCAACUCUUGGAGCUGAUCCGAGAAGUGCUUAACGAUACCAUUCACACGCCUGACUUCGAAGAGAUCGCAGGGGUGUGCGAGUGGAACGGCUUUUUUGUCACCUUCCUGGACGCCCUCCUUCAGUCCAUGGUGUUUGUGGCGCCAUUCCGUAAGCUAAUGGUGCCCGUCAUGAUAAAGUCCGUUCGCGUCGACCCCAAGAUUCUGUUCGAAGCCGUGUCUAAGAAUCGGACCAAAGAGGAGAUGAAGGAGAAGGAGGCCGUCCAGGAACAGGUCCAGGAGUGGAGGGACACCCAACUGGAUGAGGGCGAACAGGCCGGCGCUAUACUGUCGGAGAUCGAGCAGACCAAUGAGAUUCUGGAUCAGUUGUACGAGAGGUUUCACAUUUACAAGUCUAACGUUCCCUUCUAUUACGACUCCAACGCUAAACUACUGGUAACGCAUGGACUGGAAGUAGAGAAUGUGAUGGCGUUCCCCAUUCCCAGGAAAAUAGAUAAUCAAGACUUGGGUUUAGACUCCUAUGAGUUUCUGGCUAAUGAGGACAUGGAGGCGAUCGACCCGUGCGAUAAGCGCGCGCUCACCGAUUAUUUAGAGUUAUGCAAAUCUAUGGCGUCGAUCAUAAAGCGCAUGGGAGUCGAGAAAAUAAAAUGCGAUUUCAAUUACCGUAAUAUUAGCGACGACUGUAUACAGGAAUACCGUUUGGCAAACAACGAGAAUCACAUAAUUUUCCGGGCGUUAGACAAAAUCCUACAGUCCAUGACUACCGAUGCCAACAACAAUAAUAACACUCCUGGUGUCGACACGGCUAGUGUUGCCUAUAAAGUGUGGGCCGAUAUCCAGGAUAAACGGGAGUUCGACAUAAGCCGCGAUGUGGUGAACCAAAUCUCCCGCAACGACCGACUCAUCCGCAGUCUUAUCGAUAUUUGCAGCGAAAAUCUUGUGCCACAAAAAACAGUGAAAAUAUUGGAGAUUAAUCUGGCGGGUCAGGUGCUGGCCAGGGAGGUCGAGAAGCAUGUGGCCAACUUCCAGAUGUACCCCAUAGAUGUGGAGUACAAGUUAGCCGUCACUUCAAAAGAGGGCGUUACCGACCAGUUUAAAGAUAGGGCUAUUGAAUGGUCGCCCCGGAAGUCUAAUUUCCCAUUCGAUGUGACUCCAGUUAACCUGAUUAUAGUGAGAGAUAGUCAAGAUUUAUGGCAUUUGAAAGUGGAUGAGUUUGCACAGGAAUUAUCAGAUUUUAUUGUAGGAAACGGAUUCCUAUUAACGGUAUUCCGCUAUAAGUUUACGGAACCGGAGAUCGCAUUGAACUCAUUGAACGGUAAAAAGCAUUUAUCGGAUUCGGAACUCCAGAGUCGCAUUCAAGGGUUCACUACCGGCGCUCAAAAUGCGGGCUUUAGUCUCGUAUGCCGUAAGUACGAUGGGAUCGGAACUAUGGCCAUACUGUUCCGCAAAGUAAUGGAUGUUAACGCCGGGAGUCAACAACUAAUUACCGUUACGUCCGACUCGUUUGGCGAUUGGUUUCAUCUAUUGAAAGAGAAACUACUUUUGGCUAAAGAGUCAGACAAUCAAUCAGAUAACGUAUGGCUGGUGGCCAAUGAUAAGUACUCUAAUGGCAUACUGGGGCUCAUUAACUGUGUGCGAGUGGAACCGGGAGGAGAGAACUUCCGAUGCAUUUUCAAUACAGACACUAAUAGUGAGACUAAUAUAGACUUCAAUGUCAGCCCGUAUUCCGAUAUAUUGGCCAAAGAUUUGAUUGUAAAUGUCAUAAAGGAUGGCAAAGUCGGCACUUAUAGGCACCUGAAACUGCCCAAGGAUUACGACAAGACUACGAGUAAUGAGUAUUUCCUGAAUAUAGGACAGGCACGGGAUCUGUCGAGUCUUCAGUGGUUUGAUUUACGGACAGUUGUGUCUCCAAAACAGACUUUUGAUAUAAAUAACAAUGAAUUGACACAAAUUCCGGUCAAUAUAUACAGCUCUGGCCUUACCUUUCACGACGUUAUGGUUGCUACAGGUCGUAUCCCAAGUGGUCCUCAAUUACUAUUCACUGAUUGUCUGAUCGGUUGUGAGUUUGCCGGCCGUCGAGUCGAUACCGGGGAACGGGUUAUGGGUUUCGAUAUAACCCGAUGUUUCGCCUCAUCUAUCAAUGCCAACGAAAAGAUGAUCACUAAAAUCCCGGAGCACUGGUCUAUGAAUGACGCUAUUACUAUACUGAGCACAUAUAGCACUGUAUGGUAUGGACUCAUAGAAAGGGCUAACCUUAAGAAAAAUGAAAGUAUUUUAAUCCAUUCGGGAGCGGGAGGUGUGGGACAGUCGGCUAUAAUAAUCUGUCAGCACUAUAACUGCGAUAUCUAUGUAACGGUGGGAACGGAUGAGAAAAAGCAGUUUUUGAUGAAAGAGUACGGAAUACCGGAGCACAAGAUAUUCAGCUCAAGAGAUAUUGUGUUUAAGCAACGGAUCAAACGGUUGACGAGAGGGAAGGGCGUGAAUCUGGUGCUCAACUCACUGACCGGUGAGAAACUAGACGCUGGUUAUGAGUGUUUGGCAAAUAUGGGCCGAUUCGUUGAAUUGGGAAAAUUUGACCAGGUUCUUAAUAAACAAAUAGGUAUGUUUGACUUCUUGAGGGACGUGUCGUUCAUCGGCGUUGCGGUUGAUAUGUGUCUGUUUGAGACCCAAGACUUCGCCAUCAGAUUCUUCGAUUGGAUGCAUAAGAACUCCACUAAUGGUUGCGUUAAACCCAUUAAUUAUACUAUAUUUUCAGCCAAUGAGGCCGAGAAGGCUUUCCGAUACAUGACUACCGGUAAACACAUCGGGAAAGUCAUACUCAAUGUUAGAGACGAAGAGUCUGAUCGAAAUGCUGUAAAACUGGUCAAACCAACCGCUGAGCUGUCGGUCACCACAAAGACCUACUUUAACCCAAACAAAGUCUAUAUAAUCACCGGUGGUUUAGGGGGCUGUGGUCUCGAGUUAGUCCAUUGGAUGCUAUAUAUGGGCGCAAAAAAGUUUGUCUUAAACUCUUUGAUCGCCUGCGCUUACGCUGACGGAUGUCUGUCCACAAGGGAUGCUAUGGUUGUCACGUAUUUCAGAGGGUUUUUCACUGAAAACGAUAAGAAAAUACCGAAGGGUUUGAUGGCAGUCGUCGGUCUCUCCCGGUCUGAGACCCGGAAGUUAUGUCCGAAAGGGGUUUACGUCGUCUGUAAUAAUGCAAAGGAUAGUGUAGUUGUUUCCGGUCCUCAAAAGGAAAUGGAGCUCAUGAUAACAACAAUCAAAGGUAAAGGUGUAUUUUGUCGGCAACUGGAAAGCAGUGGUAUUCCCUAUCACUCGGAAUACUUGCAAACGUCAGCCAAACCUAUGAUCGAGAAGAUCAAGAAAUAUAUACCUAAACCCAAACUCCGGUCCCCGAAAUGGAUGUCCACUUCAGUACUCGAGUCGGAACCCACUAACGAUGCCCUGCGUUAUGCGUCGGCCGAGUAUUUCGCACACAAUCUCUUAAAUCCGGUCCAGUUUUACGACAAAUUCAAAGAACUUCCCUCCGAUGCCAUUGUCAUCGAAUUGGGUCCGCAUUCGGUAUUUGGGAAAGUAGUCACCGAAACACUGGACUCUUGUGCCUACCUGUCCCUCAUUAAAAAGGAUUCAAACGAUACGAACCUCGAUAUGUUCCUGUCAGGUGUGGCCAAACUUUAUGAGUUGGGCCUCAACCCAGCUAUCGAGCGCCUGUACCCUACAGUCGAGUGGCCAGUGUCUCGGAAUACCCAGUCUAUUGGUUCUUUAAUGCGUUGGGAUCACAGUCAGUCAUUUUUCUACAAGAAAUACCCGGAUUACUUUACCCGGACCACAGCUAGCGAUAUGAAUGUGUCGAUUAAUAUCGGUUAUAACGAAGAGGGCUAUUAUGCCGACCACGCUGUCGACGGCAAUGUAAUAUUCCCGGCCACCGGGUAUCUUAUGUUAGCCUGGAGACACUUCUCCAGCUACGUGGGCCGCACGUGGAAUCAGACCCCUGUCCAGUUUGAAGAUGUACAGUUGAGGCGACCCGUGUUUUUAUCCGAGGCCUCCCCUUCCCGUCUAAAAGUCAGAUAUUUUGAGAAUACAGUCAGCAAUGUAGCCAAGCUUCCACUGAAACAUUAUAUGCUUUCACCAUUGCACUGGACACAACCGUUUCACGCUGAUGAUGGGCUGCUGCCGGAUAUGCGGGUCUGGGAGUAUGUGCUCAGCCUUGCUGCUCCGCAAUCAGAGACCGAUUAUAGCCUAACCCGGGAUGACAUCUACAAAGAGCUGCGAAUCAUGGGCUACGACUACGGCCCUAUGUUUCGUCGUCUGAAGACCAUUCACACGCCUGACUUCGAAGAGAUCGCAGGGGUGUGCGAGUGGAACGGCUUUUUUGUCACCUUCCUGGAUGCCCUCCUACAGUCCAUGGUGUUUGUGGCGCCAUUCCGUAAGCUAAUGGUGCCCGUCAUGAUAAAGUCCGUUCGCGUCGACCCCAAGAUUCUGUUCGAAGCCGUGUCUAAGAAUCGGACCAAAGAGGAGAUGAAGGAGAAGGAGGCCGUCCAGGAACAGGUCCAGGAGUGGAGGGACACCCAACUGGAUGAGGGCGAACAGGCCGGCGCUAUACUGUCGGAGAUCGAGCAGACCAAUGAGAUUCUGGAUCAGUUGUACGAGAGAUUUCACAUUUACAAGUCUAACGUUCCCUUCUAUUACGACUCCAACGCUAAACUACUCGUAACGCACGGACUGGAAGUAGAGAAUGUGAUGGCGUUCCCCAUUCCCAGGAAAAUAGAUAAUCAAGACUUGGGUUUAGACUCCUAUGAGUUCCUGGCUAAUGAGGACAUGGAGGCGAUCGACCCGUGCGAUAAGCGCGCGCUCACAGAUUAUUUAGAGUUAUGCAAAUCUAUGGCGUCGAUCAUAAAGCGCAUGGGAGUCGAGAAAAUAAAAUGCGAUUUCAAUUACCGUAAUAUUAGCGACGAUUGUAUACAAGAAUACCGUUUGACAAACAACGAGAAUCACAUACUUUUCCGGGCGUUAGACAAAAUCCUACAGUCCAUGACUACCGAUGCUAACAACAAUAAUAACACUCCCGGUGCCGACACUACUGGUGUUGCCUAUAAAGUGUGGACCGAUAUCCAGGAUAAACAUGAGUUCGACAUAAGCCGCGAUGUGGUGAACCAAAUCUCCCGCAACGACCGACUCAUCCGAAGUCUGAUCGAUAUUUGCAGCGAAAAUCUUGUGCCACAAAAAACAGUGAAAAUAUUGGAGAUUAAUCUGGCGGGUCAGGUGCUGGCCAGGGAGGUCGAGAAGUAUGUAGCCAACUUCCAGAUGUACCCCAUAGAUGUGGAGUACAAGUUAGCCGUCACUUCAAAAGAGGGCGUUACCGACCAGUUUAAAGAUAGGACUAUUGAAUGGUCGCCCCGGGAGUCUAAUUUCCCAUACGAUGUGACUCCAGUUAACCUGAUUAUAGUGAGAGAUAGUCAAGAUUUAUGGCACUUGAAAGUUGAUGAUUUUGCACAGGAAUUAUCAGAUUUUAUUGUAGGCAACGGAUUCCUAUUAACGGUAUUCCGCUAUAAGUUUACGGAACCGGAACUGGCGUUGAACUCAUUGAACGGUAAAAAGCAUUUAUCGGAUUCGGAUCUCCAGAGCCGCAUCCAAGGGUUCACUACCAGCGCUCAAAAUGCGGGCUUUAGUCUCGUAUGCCGUAAGUACGAUGGGAUCGGAACUAUGGCCACACUGUUCCGCAAAGUAAUGGAUGUUAACGCCGGGAGUCAACAACUAAUUACCGUUACGUCCGACUCGUUUGGCGAUUGGUUUCAUUUAUUGAAAGAAAAACUACUUUUGGCUAAAGAGUCAGACAAUCAAUCAGAUAAUGUAUGGCUGGUAGCCAAUGAUAAGUACUCUAAUGGCAUACUGGGGCUCAUUAACUGUGUGCGACUGGAACCGGGCGGAGAGAACUUCCGAUGUAUUUUCAAUACCGACACUAAUAGAGAAACUAAUGUAGACUUCAAUGUCAGCCCGUAUUCCGAUAUAUUGGCCAAAGAUUUGAUUGUAAAUGUUAUAAAGAAUGGCAAAGUCGGCACUUAUAGGCAUCUGAAACUGCCCAAGGAUUACGACAAGACUACGAGCAAUGAAUAUUUCCUGAACAUAGGACAGGCACGGGAUCUGUCGAGUCUUCAGUGGUUUGAUUUACGGACAGUUGUGUCUCCAAAACAGACUUUUGAUAUAAAUAACAAUGAAUUGAUACAAAUUCCGGUCAAUAUAUACAGCUCUGGCCUUACCUUUCACGACGUUAUGGUUGCCACAGGUCGUAUCCCAAGUGGUCCUCAAUUACUAUUCACUGAUUGUCUGAUCGGUUGUGAAUUCGCCGGCCGUCGAGUCGAUACCGGGGAACGGGUUAUGGGUUUCGAUAUAACCCGAUGUUUUGCUUCAUCUAUCAAUGCCAACGAAAAUUUUAUGACAAACAUCCCGGAGCACUGGUCUAUGAAUGACGCUAUUACUAUACUGAGCACAUAUAGCACUGUAUGGUAUGGACUCAUAGAAAGAGCUAACCUUAAGAAAAAUGAAAGUAUUUUAAUCCAUUCGGGAGCGGGAGGUGUGGGACAGUCGGCUAUAAUUAUCUGUCAGCACUAUAACUGCGAUAUCUAUUCUAACGUUCCCUUCUAUUACGACUCCAACGCUAAACUACUCGUAACGCACGGACUGGAAGUAGAGAAUGUGAUGGCGUUCCCCAUUCCCAGGAAAAUAGAUAAUCAAGACUUGGGUUUAGACUCCUAUGAGUUCCUGGCUAAUGAGGACAUGGAGGCGAUCGACCCGUGCGAUAAGCGCGCGCUCACAGAUUAUUUAGAGUUAUGCAAAUCUAUGGCGUCGAUCAUAAAGCGCAUGGGAGUCGAGAAAAUAAAAUGCGAUUUCAAUUACCGUAAUAUUAGCGACGAUUGUAUACAAGAAUACCGUUUGACAAACAACGAGAAUCACAUACUUUUCCGGGCGUUAGACAAAAUCCUACAGUCCAUGACUACCGAUGCUAACAACAAUAAUAACACUCCCGGUGCCGACACUACUGGUGUUGCCUAUAAAGUGUGGACCGAUAUCCAGGAUAAACAUGAGUUCGACAUAAGCCGCGAUGUGGUGAACCAAAUCUCCCGCAACGACCGACUCAUCCGAAGUCUGAUCGAUAUUUGCAGCGAAAAUCUUGUGCCACAAAAAACAGUGAAAAUAUUGGAGAUUAAUCUGGCGGGUCAGGUGCUGGCCAGGGAGGUCGAGAAGUAUGUAGCCAACUUCCAGAUGUACCCCAUAGAUGUGGAGUACAAGUUAGCCGUCACUUCAAAAGAGGGCGUUACCGACCAGUUUAAAGAUAGGACUAUUGAAUGGUCGCCCCGGGAGUCUAAUUUCCCAUACGAUGUGACUCCAGUUAACCUGAUUAUAGUGAGAGAUAGUCAAGAUUUAUGGCACUUGAAAGUUGAUGAUUUUGCACAGGAAUUAUCAGAUUUUAUUGUAGGCAACGGAUUCCUAUUAACGGUAUUCCGCUAUAAGUUUACGGAACCGGAACUGGCGUUGAACUCAUUGAACGGUAAAAAGCAUUUAUCGGAUUCGGAUCUCCAGAGCCGCAUCCAAGGGUUCACUACCAGCGCUCAAAAUGCGGGCUUUAGUCUCGUAUGCCGUAAGUACGAUGGGAUCGGAACUAUGGCCACACUGUUCCGCAAAGUAAUGGAUGUUAACGCCGGGAGUCAACAACUAAUUACCGUUACGUCCGACUCGUUUGGCGAUUGGUUUCAUUUAUUGAAAGAAAAACUACUUUUGGCUAAAGAGUCAGACAAUCAAUCAGAUAAUGUAUGGCUGGUAGCCAAUGAUAAGUACUCUAAUGGCAUACUGGGGCUCAUUAACUGUGUGCGACUGGAACCGGGCGGAGAGAACUUCCGAUGUAUUUUCAAUACCGACACUAAUAGAGAAACUAAUGUAGACUUCAAUGUCAGCCCGUAUUCCGAUAUAUUGGCCAAAGAUUUGAUUGUAAAUGUUAUAAAGAAUGGCAAAGUCGGCACUUAUAGGCAUCUGAAACUGCCCAAGGAUUACGACAAGACUACGAGCAAUGAAUAUUUCCUGAACAUAGGACAGGCACGGGAUCUGUCGAGUCUUCAGUGGUUUGAUUUACGGACAGUUGUGUCUCCAAAACAGACUUUUGAUAUAAAUAACAAUGAAUUGAUACAAAUUCCGGUCAAUAUAUACAGCUCUGGCCUUACCUUUCACGACGUUAUGGUUGCCACAGGUCGUAUCCCAAGUGGUCCUCAAUUACUAUUCACUGAUUGUCUGAUCGGUUGUGAAUUCGCCGGCCGUCGAGUCGAUACCGGGGAACGGGUUAUGGGUUUCGAUAUAACCCGAUGUUUUGCUUCAUCUAUCAAUGCCAACGAAAAUUUUAUGACAAACAUCCCGGAGCACUGGUCUAUGAAUGACGCUAUUACUAUACUGAGCACAUAUAGCACUGUAUGGUAUGGACUCAUAGAAAGAGCUAACCUUAAGAAAAAUGAAAGUAUUUUAAUCCAUUCGGGAGCGGGAGGUGUGGGACAGUCGGCUAUAAUUAUCUGUCAGCACUAUAACUGCGAUAUCUAUGUAACGGUGGGAACGGAUGAGAAAAAACAGUUUUUGAUGAAAGAGUACGGAAUACCGGAGCACAAGAUAUUCAGCUCAAGAGAUAUUGUGUUUAAGCAACGGAUCAAACGGUUGACGAGAGGGAAGGGCGUGGAUCUGGUGCUCAACUCACUUACCGGUGAGAAACUAGACGCUGGUUACGAGUGUUUGGCAAAUAGAGGCCGAUUCGUUGAAUUGGGAAAAUUUGACCAGGUUCUUAAUAAACAAAUAGGUAUGUUUGAUUUCCUGAGGGACGUGUCAUUUAUCGGCGUUGCGGUUGAUAUGUGUCUGUUUGAGACCCAAGACUUCGCCAUCAGAUUCUUCGAUUGGAUGCAUAAGAACUCCACUAAUGGUUGCGUUAAACCCAUUAAUUAUACAAUAUUUUCAGCCAAUGAGGCCGAGAAGGCUUUCCGAUAUAUGACUACCGGUAAACACAUCGGGAAAGUCAUACUCAAUGUUAGAGACGAAGAGUCUGUUCGGAAUGCCGUCAAACUGAUCAAACCUACUGCUGAGCUGACGGUCACCACAAAGACCUACUUUAACCCAAACAAAGUCUAUAUAAUCACCGGUGGUUUAGGGGGCUGUGGUCUCGAUCCAUUGGAUGCUAUAUAUGGGCGCAAAAAAGUUUGUCUUAAACUCUCGGUCACCACAAAGACCUACUUUAACCCAAACAAAGUCUAUAUAAUCACCGGUGGUUUAGGGGGCUGUGGUCUCGAGUUAGUCCAUUGGAUGCUAUAUAUGGGCGCAAAAAAGUUUGUCUUAAACUCGCGGUUUGGUGUGAGAAGUGAUUACCAAAACUAUGUCAUCAAACGGUUGGCAGAGUUUGGCCGGAAGUAUAAGUUAUUCGGCGCACAGACAGUGGUGUCGACCGCCGACUGUCUUACCCGUGAAGGGGCUGAGGGACUCGUGUCAGAGGCGGGACAGUUGGGUCCGAUUGGAGGGGUGUUCCACUUGACUCUACUAUUACACGACAGUCUUAUUGAAACCCAAAGUGUGGAGGAUUUUACGGAAACUGUGGAAAAUAAGCGCAAAAUAUUUGCCAAUUUGGACCAGAUGACCAGGGCACUACCCUAUAAACUCGACUAUUUCGUGGUGUUCUCAUCACUGGCCUGUGGUAAGGGAAACGCCGGUCAGUCUAACUACGCGUUUGGGAACUCCAUGUGUGAACGCAUUUGCGAAGAGAGGCGUAGGGAUGGUCUGCACGGACUGUCCAUACAAUACGGACCGAUCGGUGAUGUGGGCGCACUGUCUGAAAAGGACCAGGCUGUUCAGUUGUCUAACCUGCGUAAACAGCGUAUUAAUUCUGUGUUGGAAGUACUGGAUAAGUUGCUGGCUGUUAAAGCCGAACGCAUUAUGCAAUCGGGUAGCCGUCAGAAACGCAUGGUUAAGGAGUUAUGGCGUGCACUGGGCAUAGACCCGGACACUACUCCCGAUCACUUAACCCUCGGGGAGAUUGGGUUGGAGUCGAUGUUUGCGGUGGAGUUACAGCAGGAACUGGAGAGGGAGUGGAACAUCAAGAUGUCUAUAAAUCACGUCAAGAAUAUAACCGUCAAAAUGCUGAAAGACUACGAGUCCGGCCGAGUGGAGGACUUCAAGAAAUACGUGGCUGAAGUGAAAACGGCCAAGGCCAACUUGCUCAACUGCAAAUUCAUUAUACCCACUGAGAAGUACACCUUGCUCAAUAAUGUCACUACUGGUCGACCCGUGUAUUUCUUGCCGGCCAUAGAGGGCUCGUUCAAGUCGUUCGAGGAUUUGGCGCAACAGUUCCAGCGGCCGGCCAUUGGCCUCAAUUGGACCCGAGAUCUGGACGGCUGUCAGUCCAUGAAAGACAUCGUUAAGCACUUCUCGGAUCAGCUCCAAGAGUUGAACCCAAAGGGUCGCACGUAUGACAUCGUCGGCUAUUUUGACUUCGGACUGAUGGCCACAAAGCUGGUUAAGUCGGCUCAGGUGGGACGGGCUGUCAUUAUAGACAUACUGUCCGAGACUCAGUUCUCGGAGGACAUCGUGACCGACGAGUUCCUCUUGGAGUUCAUCUUCAUGUUCGUGUCCAACGAAAUCCCGCAAUCUUUUAGGGAUAAGAUCUUCCGCGACAUGAAGUCCGAGCCCAACAUCGACUCCCGUAUCCGUCGCGCCUGUAAUGAGAUCCGUGACUUCGCCGGCAAAGGACUGGUGGCACCGGAUUUGGAGGAAAUACUCAGGAAUUCCAUGAAAAGGGCUAAACUGUUGGCAAAUCAUCGAUCGGAGAAGAAGAAGAAGUUGACUAAAUUGAAGACCAAAAUGGUUGCCAAAUGGGCCAAAUAUUCAGGAAAAUUAGUAGUCAUUAAGCCGUUUGAAUUCAACAAAGUUGAUGACGAGGAUGAGUCCAUGGAUAAAACCAGGGACUUGUACUUUUUGCCUGAUGAUAAGGAGUCGACUACUGGUGCCGUUGACUUCGUGAAAGUCGAUGAAUAUUCACUGGCAAUCGCUUCCGAAAAGAUUGGCGAGAAAUUGCUGGAUAUUUUAAAUCUCAAAUAAAAAUACAAUAUUGCUCAAUAUACUUUUGCCUGUCAUUAGUUUAUAUGAUUUUUUAAUACUAAAUAUAUUAUAUAAUGAUAUUUAUACUUAAAUAUGGGGAUAACCUUUGGUUUUAAGUGUUUAAUAAAAUAAUUUUUGAACUCAU